AUGGUUAGAAAUGCACCUUACCAAUCUCAAUGGGGAGGAUUAAGGCACAAGAAUGGCCAACCGCCGAGUCAAGAAGUGAUGGACAUUCUCAACCGUAUUGACAGAGAUGACAUUUUCAACUCAACGAGGUACAACAGCAACUUCUUAUUCCACAUGCUCCUCAGAAGGAACAACGACCCAUCGAAGGUCAAGAGGCCUCCAAAUCCCUUCAUAAUUGUCCGAACCAUAUUCGGUUUGGUGGCCAACGAUAAUAACAUUUCAAUUGGAGACGGAACCUCGCACAGUGCCCUGGCCGGGUUGAUAUGGAGAAGCGCGACGCAGGAAGAGAAAGCAAGAAUUAACAGGGUCUUUGAAGAGAUUAAAAGGAUGCAUCGCCUAAUGUACCCCAACUAUCGAUAUAGGCCGGAAAAGAACAGCAUGAGCGGUGACCGAUUCUCGAACAAGACAGCAAAAGAUUUCGAGAAUAACAUUGUUCCUUCAACCGUCGCGCCUGAUGCGGAUCUCUACUCCACCCUGCCAUUGUACGCCUACCCUUUGCCAUCUCCUGUAUCAGUAUCAGUGCCAUCCAUCGCCGUAAACUGUCCGCCGAUGCCGGUGAAUUAUUGCGAUUUUAACGAGGUCCAACAACAAGUGUUCCCGUCCUCUCAUCAUUUCUUGUAUGGAUCGUACGAUGUUUUUGACAAUAUCAAUACACAAUUUGACCCGCAACCAUGA